CGUGUAUUGUUGAUCAUAAGAUGCGCAUCUGCUCUUUAUAGAACAAUCGCAGACUGUGAUGAGGUCUUUAACUACUGGGAACCACUCCAUUAUCUUCAGAACGGAUAUGGAUUUGAGACCUGGGAAUAUUCUCCCGAGUUUAGUAUUCGUUCUUGGGCAUAUGUUGCUCUUCAUGCAAUUGUGGGUUUAUUUGGAAAGAUCUUUGUCUCUAGCAAGUUGCAAUCGUUCUACCUUUUGCGCAUGGCAUUGGGAGCUUUCAGUUCGUUCGCAGAGGCCAAAUUUUAUAGAACUGUUACAGAGGAAGUCAAUCCCCACGUUGGUCGUUACAUCUUGGCAAUUCUGUUCUUUAGUGCUGGCAUGUUCAAUGCUUCUACAGCUCUGUUGCCUUCUACUUUUGCUAUGUACACUACCUUCCUUGCAUACUCUUACAUUCUCCGUCCCCCGAACCACAUUGAGCGUGAACGCACAUACAAAGCUGUUUUCUGGCUCGGCAUGGGUGCUCUUGUUGGAUGGCCAUUUAGUGCUGUAGUUGGUAUUCCUUUUGCUAUUGAAGAAAUCUUGGUCUUUGGUCGUGAUACCACAACCAAGAAGGAUGGUACUAUUAUUCAGGUACUUAGAUCUCCCAACUGGCGUAUCCACCGCCUUGUACGCUUGGUUGAAGCCAUUAUUCUUUGUGGUGCUGCUAUCUCGAUCCCUGUUAUAUUGAUUGAUCGUUUAUUCUAUCAACGCUGGACAUUCGUUCCUUUCAACAUUGUCCUAUAUAAUGUAUUUGGCGGUGAAGGCCGUGGUCCCGAACUUUAUGGUACCGAACCCUGGUACUAUUACAUCGUAAAUGGUUUCUUGAAUUUCAACAUUGUCUUUAUCCUUGCUCUUGGUUCUGCUCUCUGCGUGUUUGUUACAGCAUAUAUUGACCGUAACCGAAUUCCCGGAACUCGCAAGAUUGAUGUCAUUUGGCCCUAUGUUUUGCUCGGAUUGAAACUUAUUCCCUUUUACAUCUGGUUCGCCAUCUUCUCGCUUCAGCCUCACAAGGAAGAACGUUUCUUAUUUGUUGCUUAUCCUCUUAUCGCUCUCAAUGGUGCAAUCUCUCUUUACUUGAUCCGUAGCUGGGCUAGUCGUGUUGCUGGGUAUUUUGGUGCAAAGGUUGAAACACGCGCUGCCGUACUCCGUUAUACUUCAUUGGCUGUUUUAAUCGUUUUUGCUCUCUUGUCCGUAUCUCGCAUCUUGGCUGUAAUCACUCGUUACAGUGCUCCUUUGAAGAUCUUUGGCUCAAUCUGGGAUGAACGUGCUCCAGAUCAGCUGUUCAACCUUGACUAUCUCCAAGAAGACUACCCAACCGACCUUUCUAAAAAGACGAUGAACUUGUGUGUCGGAAAGGAAUGGCACAGAUUCCCUAGCAAUUUCUUUAUGCCCAGCGAUGUCCGUGUGCGCUUCAUCAAGAGCGACUUUGAUGGUGCACUUCCAAAGACAUUUGUAGAAGAUAUUGGUGCUUCUUCAUAUCUCGAAGUUGAUGGCCAACGUGUUGAGUAUCGCCCUCGCUUUUAUAAGUUUGAGGGAGCAUCUGCUAUCCAGCCAUUCAAUGAUCUGAAUAAGGCUGAUCCAAGUGUAUAUGUCCCACUCUCAGAGUGUGAUUACUUGGUCGAUUCCGAUUUCCCUCUGCGUCCUCUUUCUGUAAAUGAGCCUCCAUAUGUACAGGAUACCGCAACCUGGGAGACAAUGGAUUGUUAUCCAUUCUUAGAUGCUCAAAACUCGCAUCAGCUAGCAAGAGCCUUUUGGAUUCCCGAUUCGCAAGGAUUGAAGUGGGGAUCGUACUGCUUGUUGAAGAAGAGACAAUAA